GCCUGCCUAUCAUCGCCACCACCUUUGGAGAUGUUGCUGAACUUGGCUACUUGUCUCUGCCUCUGAUUAUAUACAGCCCCACACAAAAUUUUAUCGGAGGUUUAUCUGUUAAAAUAAUAAAGCAGUGGUUGGCACAUCAAAAACACAGACGACGGAG